UCGUUAUUAUUAUAAUAUCCAAUGGAUCUGGGUUCUGGAGUCUGGACUUCAUCUCUACCUCUGCAACUCUAAAAUUCCGUGUUUUUAAGGUUUUAUUCUCUGCGGAUAAGUUCCCAAGCAAAACCCAUCUGGCAGUUGUGUUGUUGAACGUUUCGUACUUCAAUCUUUUAGUGGUCUAAAGCAUUUUUGAAGCUGUAAUGCAGUUUACUUUAUAUAUACCAUGUGUUUUUUUCUCUAAUUUGUUUGGUUAAUGACUGUUUAGAUUUUUUAUUUUUUUUUGAGAUAAGUUACUUCUUGUAUAAUUAUUAGAGGGGGUCCCUUGCUGCAGUGAUGGAAGUCUCAGAUGUUUGGGGGGAUUCCUGCUUCGUAUUACUAAUUCUUGUUUCGCUUUACACUUCUGGCAAUAUUUGUGUUUUAAUUGCAUGUAAAGUCUAAACCAAAUUUUUCUCUAGCUGGUUGGUAGAAAGACGACUGUAGGCAUUUCAUUCACAUGUAUUCAGUUGUAGGCCAUUGAAAUCCCACUUCACUUUUGUGACCUGCCCAUAUCUUAUCUCCUACAUUCAUAAAAGCUAGAGUUUGAGGGAGUAUAAAUGUGGGACUUAAGUCCAGAUGCCCAGAUUCUUGUUCAAAGUUCGAGUUUUAAGGAGGUUAAACACUAGGAUUCAACAAUCGAAAGUUCAAGAUAGGAUCCGAAUCAUAUUGAUUCCCUAGGUUCUGAUGUGCUCAUGGAAUGCAGAGUUUUGAACUUCCAUUCACAAUGACUUGAAUGGAGUUUUGGUCUGGUUGUCCUCCGUAACCCUUGUGAGGGCGCAUAUGGUGGGUGAGACUUAACUUAGUUGGGUGAAAAUGAGAUCUGUAGAGGACAAGGGGUGCUAUGACCAUGCAGGCCCAACGCAGGAGAUUUCAGCGAGUAGUGCCACUAGUUUUGAUUUUCACAAAGGGAAUGUAGCUACUCGCAAUCAUAGGACUGCCCUGGGCAAACCGACACCAUCAAAAUGGGACGAUGCACAAAAAUGGUUGGUGGGGUUGUCAAGAGUGGGAGAGAAAAACCAAUCAUCGAAAGCCAAGCCACGAAAUUCUAAUGCCGAUGACCUGAGACUAAUAGCUCCCGUUCCUCAAAAGGAGCAGGGUUAUUCGAGUGGUGAGGAUGAAGGUGAAGAAGAACAAGAUGGAUAUGAUGUUUCUGGAAUGACAGCUCAACUUGAAGUUGAAACAAAGAAGGUCGAUGAGUCAGUUUGGCGUAUCAAUAAGCCUUUAGAGAAUUCAACACCAGUUGUGCGAUCCAUAUGUGUGAGGGAUAUGGGGACUGAGAUGACCCCAGUUGCAAGCCAACAGCCUUCAAGAACUGCCACCCCCAUCAGAGCUACAACUCCUGCAGCAAGGAGUCCAAUAGCUUCGGGAUCCUCCACCCCAGUUGGGUGUCAAAAUGGAAAGCAGGCUGCUGAGGGCUAUCACGCUGGUCUAACAUCCACUGAUGGCAGAGGAGAAGCCAUUCCUAUCGGCAGGGGAAAUGACACAAGCAGAGAGUUUGAGGGAGACUCAAAUGCUUGCAACAUGCCUGAGAACAAUAAUUCAGAUCAUGCUAGAACAACGAAUUCUCUAGAAAGCAGAGCAAUGGCCUGGGAUGAAGCAGAACGUGCCAAAUACAUGGCAAGGUAUAAGCGUGAAGAGGUGAAGAUACAAGCCUGGGAAAAUCAUGUGAAGAGGAAAGCUGAGAUAGAAAUGAGGAAAAUGGAGGUGAAAGCUGAGAGAUUGAAAGCUAGGGCACAAGAGAGGUUGGCGAACAAACUUUCUGCGACUAAAAGAAUAGCUGAAGAAAAGCGUGCUAAUGCAGAGGCCAAGCUGAAUGAGAAAGCUAUGCGGACUUCUGAGAGAGCAGACUAUAUAAGAAGGACUGGUCACUUGCCCCCCACUUUCUCCUUCAAGUUGCCUUCCUUUUGCUGGUAGCAACUAUGCAGUAAAUUACGUAUAACCGUUGCUGGUAAUUUUAAUAACAUGUUAACAUGUGGAUUGAUUGUGGAGCGUUUACAUAUGUCCUGUUGCAAAAUGCAUUCAUAGGGUUACUUCAAUAAAUUUUGGACACCCAUAUUUGGGUAAGUGUUCUUGGAUA